AUGCUAUCCCUAAUAAAGUCCGUCUUUUCCAACGCGCAAGACGAGAAGGCGCUGAACGUGUUAAUAAUAGGCGAGUGCGAAUCAGGAAAAACGAGUCUGUUCAAUCUGAUCGGUAGUUUUCACAACAAAAGCAAAUAUGAUAUAUUAAACACGGUAAUACCCACGGGGAAUAAAAAUGGCAUUUGUGCCCUCGGAUUUAACACGAAGAAAAUUACCUUCAAUAAAAAGCCUUUAAAAAUAUAUGACUUGGAAGGCACGGCGACAAACACGACAAAUAUUUACGAUUAUUAUUAUGAUGACGCGGACGUUAUAUUUUACGUGAUUGAUGCGAAGGAUGAGAAGCACAUUUUUAAGGCGAUCCUUUAUUUGUCUUGUUUAAGUACGAAUGGGGGGCUGUCUGAUGGGGGGCCGUCUGAUGGGAGACUGCCGGGUGGGAAACUUCCUGAUGGGAAACUUCCUGAUGGGAGACUGCCCGAUGGGAGACUGCCCGAUGGGAAACUUCCUGAUGGGAAACUUCCUGACGAGAGCACCACCUGUAAAAAGGGAAGGCAAUUUUUAAAACCUAUUUUCAUUCUAGGAAAUAAAUCCGAAGACACGUCAGCCUUUUUUUCCGCUCCCUGCAUAUCCAAUUAUAUAAAUUCAAUAGAUGUGUACAAAAAUGAAAGAUUCUGGCAGUUCCUUCUGUCGAGUGAAAACAACUUUUUGAAGCACUACUUGGGCGUGCUUCAUGAAAAGGUUCUGAACUGCGCCUUCGCUGAUGACGCUGAGGGGGAGCAAACCGAUCAGAAGAAGACGAAAGGAGAGGGAAAUCAGGAUGGUCAAAAUGGAGAAAUCACAAAAAACGAGCGAUAUGACACAAAGGAGGAAAAUAUCCAAAAAGCGUUCCUUCCCGAACAAGCACAAAAAAAAACCCACAGCGACAUCGUGAAGGACAUCAAGAGGGGGCGAAAGGGGGCCAUCACUGUAGAGGACAUCGAGAAUGACCAACUGCUAGAAAGGUUACUCAAAAAGGUCGUUAACGAUCAUGUUAAUAAUUACAAACGUAUACCUAUACAAGUCUAUAACAUUAGCGUACUAAGAAAUAAAGGAGUGUAUGAAGUGGUUGAAAAGAUUUUUGACGAAUAUUUUUUUAGCGGCAUGUAUACAAAUAGGGAAGGGGAUGACCACACGGGAAAGCCAAGUAUUCACCCCAGAGAUAGCAGAAUGCACCACGUAGACAUGACGGAACAGUUGCACACCGUGUCAAACAGUGCUUAUGUGAUGUACGAACGGAAUAGCAGUUCGGUGAAUUUAUUUAUCGAGCAUAUACAGCACCUAUAUUUUGGGAAGAGCACUUUUGAUAAUGUGCCAAAGAAGCUUUUCUUCCUCCAUCAGGGGAAUGCAAAAUAUAGAAAAAAAUAUAAAAUUAAGAAGAAGGACCAGCUGGGGGAAAAUGGAACUGCUGCGGGACUGAAAAAGGGGGAAGCGGCAGAGCAGAUGAAAAAAACUUACGAUGCUGAAGAAACGUAUGAUGCUGAAAAAACGUAUGACGCUGAAGAAACGUAUGAUGCUAAAGAAACGUACGACGCUGAAGAAACGUAUAACGCUGAUGAAACCUACGAGGCGAAGGAAACCCUCUGCCCAGACAGAACCCUCUCGCUUGAUAACCCCCCGCCAAUGGAUAAGGCAAUACCAGAGGGUAAAUCAGGCGAGGGGGAAAGGGAACACACGAAAGGUGAAAUCACAGCGAUAGGUGUAAAUGAUAACUCAGGAGGAGGGGGAGCGAACGCGGAAGUUAAAAGGGAAGAGUUGGACAUCAAAACGGGUGAAGUGUCGAAGAGAACAAAAAUUGAACAAAAGGGGGAAAUCAGCCAAGUGGGCCACGCCGCAGAGGAGAGGCCAGAACGCAGAGAAGACGUAGCAACAGAGGCGAUCAAAGGAGAGAUGCACCCAAAUAGUGGUGAAUUCAUAGAAGACGAAGCAGAAAGUGAAGAAAUAAAAUCAAGGGACCUUUUCCAAGCUGAUAAGGAACAAUGUUGUCAGAAUUACGCAAACCUCGCUCACCAUACGGACUAUUCGUCAAACGAGGAGACGCCAAAACGUGGCAGCCCCCUUUGUGAAGAGAAUCAUAUAAAUGGCCACAUGGACGAGGGUAAGAAUGUCAUACGCAAGGGAAAAAUUAACAAGAAAAAAUACUUCAUUGUGGAAAAAAAGAAAAAAAAAAAAUUUCUCCACAGUGGGAAAAAAAUAAAUGAUGUAGAGGAAAAUUCAAGCAAUUCCCUGGAAGACGUUAACCUGAUGAAUGUUAUGCGAAUAGAUUCGCUUAACAAAAUUUAG